GAGCUUUGAGAUCGGAAUCAUCAACGAUGAAAACUUCGACACAGCGCUGGAGUUUGAUGUGGUCCUUUAUGAUCCUCAGAACUGCCUGUUGGAUCCCAAAUUCUACAGCAGUAGUGUCAUGAUCUUGGACGAUGACCUCUUUCCCUCCAACGAUUUCCGAGAUGAAAUCGAAGCCAAGGAUGAAGGUGCCUUGUAUGAGGUCGGCUUCAGCCUGUUGUGGUCCUUCAUGAAGUUCUGCUUCAAUCACGUGGACGACAUUUGGUGGAAAACCAUCUUGGUGUUGCUCUUGGCGAACUUGGGCAAUGCCUAUUAUUUGGCCACCAUCUUUAUCAAGGUCUACCUGAUCGAUACGGUGCUGAAUCUCAAGGACGAGCACUCCGAGGAGCGCCUGUGGAUCCAUGGCGAUCGCAACGCCACGGCCAUUUGUUUGGGUCUGGCCUGGGUCUUGCCCAACCUGAUUCUCUUGGGCUCGGACUACUUUGAGAUGAGAGUCUUGGAGAUGGGCUUCAACAUUCGCCACUCAGAUCGAAGCCUCAGAUCGAAGCCUCAGAUUUUCUGGUGA